AUGGCCGGCGGCCGAAUCCUGGCCACGGGCGGAGUCGCGGGCGGGGCAUGGCUGUGGAUGGCCGCACCCGUGAAAACUUUUCCUGCUAAUGAUGAUCGCUGCUCGCUAGGGACACCACCCACCAGACAGUCACAUGACUCUUAUCACUUCUUCGGUUCUCCUUUAUUUUACUCCGAGUGGAAAGCCCAAUUCCAAAAUGCCGGCCGCCCGGCCCCAUCGAGCUCAGCCUGCUGUCCAGCCAUCCCUGUCACGGGUAACCUGCUCAGCCACGGUGCUUUCGGAGCUCAGUGCCUCAGCCCUCAGUCACGCACACCUACCUCCAACAGCACGUCCGGAUCAUCUGCGACCGCGAGCCCUCGCUCCAACCGUCGCCGACCGGUGCGACUCCAGGCGCAGCGGCGAUUAGCUCCGGGAAGGCGCAGCAGCGGCCGCACGCCGUGCUCAUCCCGCAGCCGGCGCAGGGCCACGUCACGCCGAUGCUGCACCAACGUCAACUCCGAGUACAACCACUGCCGCCUGCUCCAGUCCCGCGGCAAGGACUCCCUCGUCGGCACCGACGGCUUCCGCUUCGAGGCCGUCCCCGACGGCCUGCCGCAGUCCGACAACGACGACGUCACCCAGGACAUCGCCGCGCUCUGCCUGUCCACCACCGAGCACAGCGCCGCGCCGUUCAGGGACCUGCUGGCGAGGCUGAACGCCACGCCCGGCAGCCCGCCGGUCACCUGCGUCAUAGCUGACGGCGUCAUGAGCUUCGCGCAGAGGGUCGCCGAGGAGAUGGGGACCCUGGCCUUGGUUUUCUGGACCACCAGUGCGUGCGGUUUCAUGCACUUCGCCGAGCUCAUCAGACGAGGCUACGUGCCACUGAAAGACGAAAGUGACCUGACGAACGGGUACCUGGACACCGCAAUCGACUGGAUCCCCGGCAUGCCGGGCAACCGUCUGAAGGACAUCCACAGCUUCAUCAGGACAACGGACAGGGACGACGUGAUGCUCAACUUCGACGGCGGCGAGGCGCAGAACGCGCGCAAGGCCCGCGGGGUCAUCCUCAACACGUACGACGCGCUGGAGCAGGACGUGGUGGACGCGCUGCGCCGCGAGUUCCCGCGCGUGUACACCGUCGGCCCGCUCACCACGUUCGCGAACGCCGCGCGAGGUAGCGGGCUGGACGCUAUCGGCGGGAACCUCUGGAAGGAGGACACGAGCAGCCUCCGGUGGCUGGACACGCAGCGGCCGGGCUCGGUGGUGUACGUCAACUUCGGCAGCAUCACGGUGAUGACCGCCGAUCAGCUCGCCGAAUUCACCUUGGGCCUGGCGGGGCUGCGGCUGGCCGUUCCUGUGGGUCAUCAGGCCGGACCUCGUGUCCGGCGAGAACGCCAUGCUGCCAGAGGGGUUCGUCACGGACACCAAAGAAAUGGGGAUCCUGGCGAGCUGGUGCUCUCGCACCCGUCCGUCGGCCUGUUUCUGACGCACUGCGGGUGGAACUCGACGCUGGAGAGCAUAUGCACCGGCGUGCCGAUGCUCUGCUGGCCGUUCUUCGCUGAGCAACCGACGAACUGCCGGUACGUGUGUGACAAAUGGGGGAUUGGGAUGGAGAUCGACAGUGAUGUGAGGAGACAGGAGGUGGCGCGGCUCGUGCGCGAGGCAAUGGACGGGGAGAGUGGCAAAGCGAUGAGAGUGAAGCCGAUGUGUGUGGAAGGAGAAAGCUCGACAAGCAGUGGACGAAGAUGGAUCUUCCAGGAAAAACCUGGACCGACUGGUCGAGUUCCUGCUCGCAGGGAAUGA